AUGGGUACGUUGCUAGCUACGCCGAUAACGGAAAAGUUUAAUGAAUCCGGUGAGGGUAAUAAUCUUCGUUACGGACUCUCCAGUAUGCAAGGGUGGCGUGUCUCAAUGGAGGAUGCCCAUUGUGCCAUAACCAGACUUCCCGGCCAUCUUAAAGAUUGGUCAUUUUUCGCUGUCUUUGAUGGGCACGCGGGUGCUCUCGUUUCGGAACGAUGUGCAGCUGAACUUCUCAAACGCAUUGUGGAUACGGAGGAGUUUAAGAAAAUCGAUCCAGAGCUGGCGCCGAGUAUCCCAGAGGUGCGCCAGGGCAUCCGCGAGGGCUUCCUUGCACUGGACGAGGAGCUGCGUAACUUGCCGGAGAUCGCCAACGGCUCGGACAGGUCGGGUUCCACGGCAGUAUGUGUGCUCAUCACACCGAAGCACAUCUUCUUCGUCAAUUGCGGUGACUCACGUGCCGUGCUCAUUCGCGAUGGGGAGGUGGGUUUCGCCACCACCGACCACAAACCCGCCCAUCCCAGUGAGAAGGAACGUAUUCAAAAGGCCGGUGGCUCUGUCAUUGUCGAGCGCGUUAAUGGCAAUCUUGCCGUCUCCAGAUCGCUGGGCGACUACUCAUACAAGACAGCACGCGACCUCGGCCCGACAGAGCAGCUAAUCUCGCCGGAGCCGGAGAUCACGGUAAUCGACCGGCAACCGGAGCGUGACCAGAUGGUGGUGUUGGCAUGUGACGGGGUCUGGGACGUGGUGAGCAACGAGGACCUCUGUUGUGUAGUCAGCGAGCGUAUGCGCAGUGUGGGCGACCUCUCAAGGGUCUGCAACGAGGUUAUCGACUACUGCCUCUACAACGGCAGCUCAGAUAAUAUGAGCAUGGUUCUCGUUGCUUUUGAGCCUGCACCCAAGGUGGACCCAGAGUUGCAGGUCAAGGACAAACGUCUGGAGGAAACUGUGGAAAGUAUGGCAAACGAUAUUUUGAAUAAUGAUGGCUGUCCAAAGUCGACGCCAGUUAAUCAUCUCCUCAGUCGUAUUCGCAACAACCUGAACGGCGAAUUUCCUCCCCAUGCUGUCUACUGCAAAGGAGGUCUAGUUCAACGAAUAUUGGACGCUCGCGGACCUUCGACCUCGAAGGGAGGAUCUGAAUGCUCUCCUGAUACAAGUUCUCGGUUGUCAAUGAUUCAGCAGUUGCUGGCCUCUUGCCACGGUAUUAUACAGAAUGGAUCUUCGUCACUUCAACGCUCUGGAGUCGCUGAGCCCGUCGUGGAGUCAGCCGAGGAGGCCGUGGAGGAGAAGGCCACUCCCUCUUCAGACAAUGCCACAAACGCUUCCCCCGUCACCACCACCGCUCUACCACCUAAACGCCAUCUCGUCCUCUUCUGCCUUCCACCUCUCAGACCGCUCUCCUUGCGUAACUGUUCUUGUAAAUGUUCCCAUCGGGCCCAGUUAACACCGCGAGCCCUUCCUCGUCAUCACCCUUCAUCCAUCCAAGCACCGCCUUCACCAAAUCGUCCUCCUGUCUCCUGCAUUAUUGUCGUUGAUGUUGCUGUGUUGUUGCCAUUCCGAGCUGUUGGGCAGACAGCAAGACGGACAGAAAGACAAAUGAGAAAGCGGUUAAACCAAAUUUGGAUUUGUGGAAACGUUGUGAGCACGAUGUCAACUGGGAAGUUAACACCAGAUAUAGACUCAAUUAACUUGUAUCGCGAGAAACCCAUACUGCUCCAUGGAUAUAUUUGGCCAUUCGUGUUAUUGUAUUCUAUUUGGCUCGGUUAUUGGUUUGGAACUCUGGGAGCUACUGAAUAUGUGGAAUUAGGAUUGAUUGGUGUCGCGGUGAUUUCGGUGCUUCAUGUACUGACAGCCUUGUUCUGUUAUUGGUUUGUGUCAGUUCGGUGUCUUCUUAUGUUUAGAAAAGAAAAACUUGUCUCACAGGCCACAUUUGCUAAAGUUAUACCUCCAGCAAACUCUGGCUAUCCUGCCAUUGUUCCUAUUUUCCAUACAAAGAGUAUUGCCACGGAGAGGUUGACCCAUUACUUCUUCUAUCAGCGGCUGAAAUACACAUUCGAUUCUGAUGAUAAGGAGAGUAUUCACGCCGUUAGGUUUCCUCUAUCAUGGUCGCUAAGGGAAUAUAAGGACUGGCGAGGCUACACUUCAGAAGAAGGCAUAAAAAUCGCAAAGGAGAAUUAUGGGGACAAUCAUUUACGUCUCUCCGUCCCUCCCUUCAUGGAAUUAUUCUUGGAGCGGGCCACUGCUCCCUUCUUUGUUUUCCAAGUGUUCAGUGUAUUCCUUUGGUGUCUUGAUGAAUACUGGCUUUACCCGAUAAUGACUCUUGUCCUUCUUGUACUUUUUGAAAGCGGUCUGGUAAUGCAACAGCUGAAAAACCUGAAGGAAAUUCGCUCAAUGGGUGCUCAACCCUACCGAAUACACGUGUACAGGAACAGAAAGUGGAACACUAUAUCCAGCGAGGAUAUUGUCGCCGGUGACAUUGUUUCUGUCACCCAGUCAGUUCAAGAAAAACUAAUCCCAUGUGAUUUACUUCUCCUGCGAGGCACUUGCAUCGUCGAUGAAUCCAUGCUUACGGGUGAAUCUAUUCCUGUAACCAAGGAACCAGUGGAGAGUUUAACGAACAUGAAGCCAAUUGACUUCGGCGAAGAUGACAAAAUGCACGUCCUCUUUGGUGGUACCAAGAUAGUGCAGAUGACACCGCCAGCAAAGUACGCAGGCCUACCGAAAGCACCGGAUAAUGGGUGCCUGUGCUUCGUGCUACGCACGGGUCUAAGCACCUGUCAGGGCCGCCUCCUCAAGACCAUCAUGUUCAGCGUGAAGGCGAUCACCGCGAACAAUCUCGAGACACUCGCUUUCAUCGCCUUCCUUCUUGUUUUCGCCAUUACUGCAUCCGCCUAUGUGUGGAUCGUCGGCACUGCAGACCCGAGAAGGAACCGUUACAAGCUCUUCCUCGAGUGCACCCUCAUCAUCACCUCGGUCAUUCCACAGGAGCUGCCCAUCGAGCUUUCCCUGGCUGUCAACACCUCCCUCGCCUCCCUCUCCAAAAUGCUGAUCUACUGUACCGAGCCUUUCCGAAUUCCUCUGGCCGGUCGUGUGGACAUCUGUUGUUUCGACAAGACUGGCACUCUUACUGAGGAUGAAGUCGUUGUAGAAGGUGUCACUGGUCUUAAUGGUGAGCUGGCCGAAAAGAUCAUUCCUGUACGCAAGUGUCCCCUUCCCACCAUCCAAGUUCUCGCCUCUGCCCAUGCCCUUGUCCAUUCUGAGUCCGGUCUCCUUGGCGACCCUCUGGAGAAGGCCAUGCUCAAGGCUGUCGGGUGGAGUCUCAACGCUGAGGGUGUGGUGCAUGGCAAAACCACUCCCCGGUCGCCUCCAUUGCGCAUUUACCAGCGAUUCCGUUUCACGAGUCAGCUGAGACGUAUGUCAACGGUGGUGGGCUACCAGGGCACAACCGAUGUGGAUUUAACCUACAUGGCCUGUGUAAAGGGUUCCCCAGAGGUGCUCAAGUCGAUGUUCGUGGAUUUGCCAAUGGACUACGACGACGCCUACCUCCAGAUGGCUCGCAGGGGUGCACGUGUGCUUGCUCUGGGUCACAAGACACUGGGACGACUUAGUCAUCAGCAGGCAAAUUUUGAAUUACUUGCAAUGGAAAUUUAUGUUCGCGAGUUAGAGCGCGAGGAAGUGGAAAGUAACCUGACCUUCGCAGGCUUCGUGGUGAUCUCAUGUCCGCUGAAACCGGAUUCACUAAAGGUCAUCCAGAUGCUCAAGUCUUCAUCGCACCACGUCACAAUGGUCACUGGUGACAAUCCGCUCACCGCGUGCCACGUGAGUGAUCUCUUAGGCAUCACGCGCAAGGAUAUGCCCAUCCUCGUCUUCACGCCUCCCAACGAACUCGAUGACAGUUGGCACUGGCAGUCAGUAGAUGACAAGGUGGUAGUGCCCUGUGGUACAGUGACAACAACACGGGAGCUGGCGCGGAAAUACGAGUUCUGCCUUACUGGCGACGGAAUUGAAGAACUUCGCCGCAUUUCCUCGUCCUCCUCCGGUAGCUGUGAAAGUCUACUGAAUUGUAUGCUGCCCAAAGCGAAGGUGCUGUCACGGGUGGCGCCCUCCCAGAAGGAGUUUGUGCUUGCUAGUCUGCGUGAGCUGGGUUACACCACUCUUAUGUGUGGUGAUGGCACUAACGAUGUGGGAGCUCUCAAACAGGCGCAUGUCGGCGUUGCAUUGCUCAAUCAGACUCCGAUUAUGACACCUGCGAAAAACGGUGUCAAAUCAGCGUACCAGUUACCAUUGUCGGUGACGCAGCCACAAUCCGGACGACACCGUCAGCCCUUUGGUAACUCAAAGACACUCCAGGACCUUGCUGCCGAUGACGAGGUGCCGAUUGUACGUCUGGGCGACGCCAGCAUUGCUGCUCCUUUUACCGCCAAGAUGUCUUCCGCUAUUGGAGUUUGUCACAUAAUUCGCCAGGGUCGCUGCACCCUCGUGACGACGCUGCAGAUGUUCAAAAUCCUCGCCAUUAAUUGCCUCAUCUCUGCCUACAGUCUCUCAGUGCUCUUCCUGAAGGGCUUUAAGAUCUCCGACUGCCAGACCACCAUCCAGGCACUCCUUAUGACCGGUUGCUUUCUCUUCAUCUCGCGCUCCAAGCCUCUGGAGAAGCUGUCGCCACGACGCCCUUUGCCGAACGUCUUCAACCUUUAUACCCUCCUCACCGUAGGUGGACAAUUUGCCGUCCACUUUGCUGCCCUCUACAGCCUCAUGAAUGCUGCUGAGGCCCAAAUGCCACCUCUGCCCGAAGGAGAGUUAAUUGAUAUUUAUGCUGAUUUCAAACCGACGGUUCUCAAUACAGCAGUUUAUCUUAUCUCCACCGCCUUGCAAAUCUCAACUAUCGCGGUGAACUACGAGGGUCACCCUUUUCGAGAGUCGCUGUUCGAAAAUCGGCCCUUGCUGAAUGGCCUACUUUUUGCCACCGCUGGCGUCGUCGCUUUGGCUUUUGGUGCUUUCUCCGACAGUCUGGAGUUGGUGCUUUUGGAUGACAGCAUGCGUCUCGCCUUUUUCCAAGCUAUGAUCUUCGACUUUGUGGCAGCCUGGAUGGUGGAUCGUCUGCUCUUUCUACUAUUGGGACGUGAAAUGAGUGAAAUUAAUGCAGGCUACGGGCAUUCGGAGGCAUCACGCUUGCGCUACCAAUUGCUGGGGCUGAAGUUUAUUCCAGGAACCGGAAAUCGCUACAAGCUGAAGAAUGGCAGUUAA